AUGGACGCAAACAUCAUUUCUUAUGAACAAUUAAUUGCUUCACUCCCUAAGAAGACAAUUGUCACACCACCGGAGGUUUCACAUUCCAAGAGUUUGACAUCAACCAAUGAUACUAUAACCAUCGAUACUACAACGGUUCCACCACCACCACCACCACCACCACCUGCUACUUCUACAAUCCUUUCUACUUCCAUUUCUGAAGUCAUAGUUCAUGAUGACGAUGAUGACGAAGAUGAUGUUAUGGUUGGGUUUGCUGCAUUGGAGUUCAAUCCAGAAGAAGAUGAUGUUCCCGACAAUGAUAUCAUGUCGGGUAAACAAUUCAAAAUUCCCAAUUUUAAGUUGAUUUCGAUUCUACUUUUUGUGAAUGAUAGUAUUAGGAAGUCAAGUGUUAGUGGUGUUGAGACUGACAUUCCAAACAAACGAACUUAUGUUCUCGGAUAUGGCCAUCUCAAGACUUUUCUGGAUGCUUAUUUCACUCAUUUGGCUUUGAUAGAUAUCAAUCUUUCUACUCACUUAAAAAGAACUUCGAAAGUUCCUAAAGCACUGUUAAAAGGAAAAAUGAGCAAAAAGGACUAUGAAGAUGGAGAGAUAGUUCAUGAUCCUCUUGGUGUUGUAUUCAUUGGAAAAUCGAAGAAGGAUAACAUGAAAAAGUUCUUGUUACGUAUUGAUGAUGUUGAAAGGUAUUCAAAUUAA